AUGGGAUUCAUGGAUGAGGUCAAGGCUGUGAAGCAUAAAUGUUGGCAAAAACCAAAAAUUGCUAAACCCCAGUAUGGAAAAGAACUCUACCAUAAAAUGUUACUUGGCAAUAGGGAUCGCAGGGGCGGACGUUACCUAAGGGAUUCGCUGCGAAGCGCCUUCCUCNCCUGCAUUUACGUGCGGGCACUGGGGGACCCACGCAAACUACCAUUCCCAGAGGGAUCGCAGGGGCGGACGUUACCUAAGGGAUUCGCUGCGAAGCGCCUUCCUCUUGGGCCGCGGGCUAGUAGCCUGAGUAGGCGGGAGGCGGGGCGGGAAGGAAAAACCGUUCCUAGAGUGAACUUCCGCGACAGACCGAACCGCCCCCCUUCCCCGGGCCCCACCUUGGAAACUAAGGAGAGUGCCUUUGCGAGAAAUCUCCAUGUUCAGGGAAAAGCAGGGGACACAAGAGACUCAGAGCUAACAGUGUACAGAUGGACGCUUUUAGGGGUGAUGGGGGCAGGACAGGGGCUUUUUGCUUCAGGUGGGUCUAUUUCGUUUUCGGAUUUGCCUGGGUUUGACAGUGCUCACAGGCACUCUUCAGGGAAAAGUAACCAGAUGAGGAAACCGAAGCCCAGGACUUCUGAGAUCACACAGCUAUUUAAGAUGCCUUAUGAAGAUCCAAAUGCUCUUCUUCAUUUAUAAUGGACCUUUGGCUUGAAACAUGUUAAAAUGUUGUGUUAUCUUUUCAGAUGGUCACAAUAUCCUCUAAUUGUGUGCCUGUAUUUUAUUACUGUAUCUUUAUUCUAAUGUAGUACCAUAUUGCUUGUUUGUUGAAUAAAUGGGUCUUUU